AUGCCCAGCAAGCAAUACAAGAAGACAAAAAAAGAAAGCAGCUUACAUCAUGCCUCAGGGAAGGGAAGCAAGUCCCCCGUAAAGAGCAAGGGAAGGCAAAUCGAAGGAGGAUGUCCUCCGUUUACUCCGUACACGAGGCAGCGAGGGAAUGUCCAACAAGAAAUUGCCAUGCUUCGGAAUGAGAAACUCCCAGAUGGCAAGUUGCAUGUCAGUAUACUUCUUGCCUGGAUCAAAGCAUGGUUAGGCAUUAGAAGGCUCAAAAUCCCCGCCAAGGUUACUGGGGAGGGAAGAACCGAACAUCCAUCUGAAUCCUAG